GCGGCGGACCGGCGGAGAGCGCGGUCGCGGUUGCGGUCGCGCGGUACGCGAUCGCGAGCGAUUAUUUGCAACACAUCGUGCGUCGCACGACGUUCGUUGAUCGAGCGCUCGGGGCGGUGGCGAGAGGGAUUGACUCGAAGGCGAAGGCGCUCGAGGGGACGGGCCGCGCGGUCGCGCGAAGAGCGAGCGUCGUCGUCGCUUCGAGCGCGUGUGCGAUGGAAGCGAGGGUUCUCCUCAUCGUCCUGUGCGUCGUGAUCGUCAUGCGAUUGUUUCGGCGAUGCUUCUCGGCGAGCGAGAGCGCGUCGCGAGAGAAGAGGGACGUGCGAGUGGUUCUCGUCACGGGCGGCGGCGGUGGAUUGGGAACGCUCUUGCUCGAGGGUAUUCGCGACGCGUUUCCGAACGCGAUCGUGUACGGAACGUCGAGAAAAGGAGCGGAUGCGAAGAAGUUUAUUCGACAACAGAGCGGCUUCUUCGGCCUCGGUACGCCAUCGAAGGAGGAUAUCGCAAAACAAAACGACCCAUCCGUGCCGAUCGGCGCUGAGCAAGGUGAAAAGGAGCAUCCGUUGCUGACCAUGGACGUCACCGACGAUGACUCUGUGCGCGAGUGCAUACAGUCCAUCGCGAAGCGACACGGAAAGAUCGACGUGUUGAUCAACAACGCCGGCGUUUGCCUCGCUUCGUGGGCGAAACAGACGCCUCGUGCCGACGCAGACAUGAUCAUGCAAACUAACUUUCUCGGUCCCGUGAGUGUCAUUCGUCACGCCUUGCCGUACCUCAGCGAGAACGCAAACGUUAUCAACAUCGGGUCUAUCGCUGGGCGCAUUGGUAUUCCGUUUCAAUCGAUGUACAGCGCGUCUAAGGCGGCGUUGAUGGUGUAUACGGAUGCGCUUCGCAUGGAGACGAAGAGUUCAGGCAUACGCGUGAGCCUGGUCGAGCCGGGAGACUUACAGCCCGGCAUGGCGAGCGUUUUCAAGUCGAUCGAUUUCGAAACCGAUCCCGUAGCCGUUCGGGCGGAGAAAAUUAUGCGCGAAGAAGAGGCUGCGGGAACGAAGCCCACCAAAGUGGUCGCCGCCGUGGUCAAGGCGAUCAAAUCGCACGCCCCGAGAAACAGAUACCUCGUCGGACCGGACUCGUGGCUCGUUGAAACUCUGAGUCGCGUAUGCUCGUACUCGGUCAAAGAGUACUUUCUCGCGUCGCACUACAGGAUUCCUCCGCGCGACAAGGCUUGGAUUCGCGUGUAA